GCGCCCUACUGUGGUUGACACAUAUAUAGAGUUUAUAAAUAAUUGGAAAACUGCCAGAGAUGCCAUCAAAUCAACUUCCUUGGCUAAACCAGCCUUUGCGAAGUUUCUUGAGCAUACUUCCAGGGAACACAAAGGAAAACUCACACUUGAUGCUUUGCUCAUUAUGCCUGUUCAACGAAUACCACGCUAUGAGCUCCUUAUUAAGGAGCUCCUUAAACACACUCCUAUGGAUCACCCUGAUUACAAAUUAUUAUUGCAAGCUCAAAAAGAAGUUCACGAUUUGGCAAUUAAAAUUAAUAAAGUUGAAAGAGAAGCUUUGCUGCAAGAACAGACAAUACAAAAGCUUAAGGAAGUUGAACAGCUAAUAGAAGGUGUUGCAGAUCUGAUACAGGGGGACCGAGUAUUCAUCAGACAUGAUUUUGUUCAAAUUCCGGGUGGCCUUGGUAUGAAGAAAGAAAGAUGUGUUUUUCUUUUUUCUGAUCUUUUGCUCAUUUCAAGUAUUAAGAAAAAAGGUGGAGCAAUUAGGAAGACAUCAUUAGCUAUGGGUUCUUCAACUAGUGGGUCUUUAGAAUCCAACAAAUACAAACUUCUCAUGAAAACUCCAUUGCACAAUGUAGAUAUUGUAAAAACAGAAAUUGAUGAGCCUUGUGUACAAAAAUUUCUGAAAGAAGUUGCAACUUUGGAGAAUGAUAUUGCAACUUUAGGAAAAAUUAGUGAUAUGGUCUCAACUCUCUCUUGUCAACAUCAAGCCUUGGAGGAUGUUGUUAAAGAUAUGCUUAUGAAUCUAAACCGGCAACUUGCAGAAAAACAAGCUUCUAGCUCUCAACUUCUCAGUUUAGAGCUUUCUAUUAUUAUAAAUGAAGAAAUAGAGAAUAUCACAUUGAUAUUUUCUAACCCAGAGCAAAGAAUGGUAUGGCAAAAUGCCUUUUUAGAAGCCAAAGAAAAAUUAGAUAAAUAUAGUGAAAAAAUUAGCCCGCCAGAAUUCCUUUGCUCCUUACCAAUGAGAAAAACCAGAGCUGGUCUUCAAAUUACAUGUGCUGCUGCAGUAGUCGAUACUUGCCAAAGUGGAUUACCUGAUUUAUGGAUAUGCAGUAGUGAUGGCUAUGUUGGACAAGUUUGUGUUCUUACAUUUCAAAAUGAGCCUGUUAUAGCAACUUGUGCUAAUGUUAGUAAUGCUCGAAUAUUGUGUAUAGCAGCUGUUCCUGGCAUUAGCUCAGGAUCCUUAUUUUUAAGGAGACGAAGUACACUUCUUCCAUAUUUGCCUGGUUUUAAAUAUGAAAAAUUAGGAAAAGGGGAAAAGGAUCCAUUAAAAGGAAAAAGUUUUCCUUUAGAUAGUGAUUCUGAAGAUGAAGAUUUCAUUGACGCUACAGAUGAUGAAUUCCCCAGUGAGGAUUCCAAUACAUUGCAGCCUACUAUGUGGUUGGGUACAGAAGAUGGAUGUAUCUAUGUAUACAAUUGUACUGAUGUAAAAUUGAGAAAAACAAAGCUACGAAUCCAUCACACCACAUGCAUAUAUGAUAUUGUGCAUGUUGAAGGUAAAGUUUUUGUUUCUUUAGCAAAUGGUGAAAUAGUAGUUUACUCACGUGAUAACAAUGGGCUUUGGAAUACAAGUAAUCCUCAUCGAGUUCAAAUUGCCAGUGAUGUUGCUCCAAUUUUAAAAAUAGUAUCGAUUGAAGAAAAGCUUUGGUGUUCUACCUUAAAUUCCAUUGUUAUUUUAAAUGUAAAUUCAUUAGAGAUAGAGCACACAUUCCAAGUAACAUCAGAACUUAUGCGACACAUUACAGCUAUAGUUCCUUCUGGCCAAGGUGUAUGGAUAUCUGUUCAGAGUAGUCCAGUCAUUCAUUUGUAUCAUGUUUCAACAUAUAAUCUCUUACUUGAACUGAAUAUCACAACUUCUGUCACACAGAUGCUUAAUGCAUGUGAUGAAAUUAUUCGGCAACAUAAGCUAGCUUGUCUUCGAGUUUCUUCUCUUUGUGUGGAAAAAGGCUUGCUAUGGAUUGGUACUAGUGCUGGAAUAAUCUUGAAUUUAACAAUCCCCUUUAUAAGUUCAACAACUACUCAAAUUGAUGUAGUGCCGCACAUUGUUGGUAUGUCACAUGGUCAUUUUGGGCAUGUUCGUUUCCUCACAAGUAUUUGUGCUUUGUCUGGUAAAGAUUCGUUUAGCCCUGAAGGAACAAACAAACAGUUUAGUCAAUUUAAAUAUAGUGAUGUUAAAGCAGGACCAUCCACUUCUAGUGCUGUGCCAUAUUCUUCUCUUGUGAUAAGUGGAGGUGAUGGUUAUGAAGAUUUUGGCAAUUUAACUACUGCCGAGACAGCUGGAAGAGAUGAUAGCACAAAUCAUUUGCUUAUGUGGAGAGUUUGAUUAAGAUUUAUUGUAGCAUGUAAUGGAGUUACAUUGUGUUGAUUACAAGAGUUGUGAUUUCUAGUGAUUAAGGAUGUCAUUUUGAUGAAAGAUUCAUGUAGAAGUUUGUGUGAGAAACUAUUACAUUUUUGUUGAAGGCUUAAGGAGGGAAGUAUGCAGAAAGGAAGAGUAUAAUGUUUGCACAUUGCUCUUUUGUGGAAGAAGUAAAUGGAAAUACUAAACAUAAAGUUCAAAGUUUACAAAUUUAUGAAAUAUUGUUUUAACACAUUGGUGUAUUAUAAUAUCGUAAAACAUUUAUAUACAGGGUGUUUCUAAAUAAUAUUGGGGUUUUAAUGCUUUGUAGUAUUUAUUAUGUAAAACUAAAAAUUAUAAUUAAUACACAAAAUGAAAGAGCAUCUCAAACAGUUAUACCUACAAGCUUACAAGUAUUCAGUGUGAGCACCUUUCGUCACACGACACACAUGAAGUCGAAAACCCUUGGUCUAACUAAUCCUUGGUGGUCCCAUACUCUUCACUUAGCAAAGGCAGCCGGUUUUAAAACUGAUGAUACCAUCUGAGGAUAUUAUUAUUUUUGGGAGAUCAUAUUUGAACUUAAUCUGAAAUGCACAUUGUACGGUAACUGUGGAUUCAGUCUUUGCAAACUGCAUAACACAAAUUUCUGUUCACUAGUCACCAUUUUUGCUACUAGCACUUUCUGCUGCAUGUGCAUACCAACAAGCAGAACUGUUUGAGUUGCUCUUUCAUUUAAUGCAUUAAUUAUGAUUUUAAGUUUUACGUAAUAAAUACUUCAAAGCGUUGAAAUCCCCAUAUUCAUUUAGGAAUGCCCUGUAUAUUGCUUUUAUCUCAAUGCAUUAAUUGCUCAGGUAUUAUAUCAUUUUGAAAUUAUGUCUGUCAGAUUACUAUAAUAGUAAGAUUUAAUUUAGAUUUUAUAUAAGAGACAUUUUCAUUCUAUAUUUUAAACUUUCUUCCUAUAGAUUCUCUAUAUUUUGUUAACAGCUGAUAUUUAUCUGAAUAAUUUAAACUUAGCUUAUGUGUGCCCCCUUGUUAUGUUCUAUAGAUAUAAAACUUGAGGUAAGCAGUGACAGGGCAGAUACUCUGUAUUUUAAGUAUAUAAUAUUGCAAUACAUUUUGGAAACUGCUAACUUUUUCUUGCAGGCACUUGGAAAUUCAAUUCUUCAUAUUUGAGAGUAUUUUAGUGAUCUUAGUGUCAUUAGUUACUGUGGUGAAGUUGUCUUUCAAUUGCUGGAUUAUGUAUGAUUUCAAAAUAUGUAGACCUUCUUUGGUAACAAUACAAUGUGUGAAGUUCUGUAUAAUUGUCAUAGACAUUUUGAAAGGGCAAUUGGUCAUGUCAUCUUGCCAGCAUUAGGUACUUCAUAUUGAGUUACUGGUUAAAAAUAUGAUGAUGACAUUGUAAUAUUUGUUAGUGUUUGCUGAUUCUGAAAAAUAGUAAAGGCUUUCAAGACUUAUAUAGACGUUUUCAAAGUUUACACCUUGAAAAAUAUCACUGGCAGAUGGAUCUAAUUUCUUCGAAGCUGUUCAGGUUUCUAAAUCUUAGUCCUCCAUCUGCCUUUCUGGAUGGCUUGUUGAAGGAGAAGGUGUGUAUACACCAAAAACAUUUAAAAAGGUUGAAAAUGAACAUUGCUGACGUAAUUGAAAAGAGCCAUACAUGUUUCAGUCAGAUGUUUGGAAUCAUGGAGCAUUGGAUUUGCCAGGUGCUUAUGGAAAAAAAACUGCCACUUUAAUACUAAUUGUAUUGCAAUAUAGUGUUCAUAUCUGAAGGUCUGAAUUAUAUGUGCUUACUUUGCGUAUUUUGUCUGCAGUAAAUGGUAACUUUGGUGUUCCUAUGUGUGAAAAAGUGUGUCAAGUUUGUGUAAACUGUUAAUACCAAAAAUUAUAAUUUGUUAAAUAAUGUAAGUUUGUACAAUUUUUUAUUAUCUAAUUAUUUUCAGAAAUAAAAAUUUCAGAUAUUUUGAUUUAUUACAGUCUGAAACUAUAAUUAACCAACUGAAAAGAUAUUGUAUUUUUCUGCAUUUACAAGAUUAGCAAAAUAUUUCUAAGAUUGACUCAAAAUCUUAACUUGAAUGCAUUUGUGUAGUGGAUUUUUCUGAAAUUAGCAUGACAUUAAAAUGCUGUACUAUCGUUUUAUAAGAUAAUUGGCAAAAGGUAUUUUCUACAGUUUAUAUAAUGUUUGUAAAUAUCAAGUAAUUGUUGUGUACAGUUUUUUAAAUUUUUCUCUUAAAAUGUUGAGAUAAUUUUUUUUAAUUGUGGUGCUAUG